AUAAGGAAGAUACAUGCUGCCUUAUGGCGUUGCGUUGGGUUUCGCCCAUUUCCCAACUCGGGACUACGUAACUUGGCGAACUAACCGAACGUUUCAGUUGAAUUUUGUAUUGGGAAUGGCUUUCGCAGUCCUUCAGAGUGCGUAAGUCGUUAACAUCAACGGGACCUAUAACCAAAGCGGCUGGUGUUUUGCGUACUAACGGUAAAGCCGGUCUGCGCUGGCCACUCUAGCAACACCUCCAUGGCCUUCAUGUCCUCGGCCUCGCUUAUCCCUCCUCCCCCUAUCAACACUCAACAGCCCGGUGUAAUUACAUCGCUACUGUACAGCGGUUCCAAAUUCCGUGGAUAUCAGAAGAGCAAAGGGAAUUCCUAUGAUGUUGAGGUUGUAUUACAGCAUGUUACCAUAGAAGAUUCUUAUUUGUGCGGAUACCUGAAGAUAAAAGGACUUACAGAGGAAUACCCAAUGCUGACGACAUUUUUUGCUGGGGAGAUAAUCAGUAUGAAGCGGCCAUUUCUGACACGGAAAUGGGACGCAGAUGAAGAUGUGGACAGGAAGCAUUGGGGCAAGUUCCAAGCCUUUUACCAGUAUGCAAAAACCUUCAACUCGGAUGAUUUUGACUACGAGGACCUCAAGAACAGUGACUACAUCUUCAUGAGAUGGAAGGAGCAGUUCCUGGUUCCAGAUCACACAAUCAAAGACAUCAGCGGUGCCUCAUUUGCUGGCUUCUACUACAUAUGUUUCCAGAAGUCCACGGCUACCAUAGAGGGUUACUACUACCACAGAAGUUCAGAAUGGUAUCAGUCCCUGAACCUCACCCACGUCCCCGAACACAGUGUGGCCAUCUACGAGUUCCGGUGACGUUGGCAAUGGCCCCAAAAACAGGACUCUCUUACCCGCCAGCAUAGACUGACUGGAGGGAGAGGCCACGGCCUCCUCGCGAAACUGACUCCUUGAAUGACAUGGCAGCGCAGCGGCACAGCCACACCGGCGUUUAAAGCUACCCGACCUUUGCGUGUCAGUUCCCUGGCCUGAGACUAGGAUGUUGUUUUUUUAUUAUUAUUAUUAUAAUUAUUAAUUAAAUAAAUGAGUGAAGAGAUGGACAAUGGAUGGAUGGAAAGACAGGAUGGACGGAAAGACAGGAUGGACAGAUUUACUGGCAUAAGGACAGACACAUAGACUGUAUAUAUCCAUACUGCAUACAGUCUGUGGACAGACGGAAUGGGAUUGUCCUUGGAAGUGAUGGUGUCCGUGUGGAGUUUUUGAACUGAAGCAUCUUUUUCUCUCCCGCCCCCCCUCUCUGCCUUGAUUUCGCACUCCCUUAGAUCACUCGCUCUCUUGCUGUCUCUCAUCAGCGCUACGCACAGGAUUAAGCAGCAGGUGGCGCCACAUAUGAGACGUCGACUUUUUUUCCCGUCUGUCUCCCAUUCUUUCUUCUCUUUAAAAAAAAAAAAGAAGAAAACAUUUUUUUGGGCUAGUGGUCUGUGGACAUCUUUUACCCAGAAUAGAACCGAACAGAACUUUUACAGAAACCGAAAAAGAAUAAGGAAAGAGGCCUGGGUUGCCUCAGAUUUUUUUUUUUUUGCUGGUGACUGAAGUUUGACUUUUAUUAUGACGGUUUCCCCCUCUUUCUUCGCUCAACGAGACAGAAAGACAAGCAAAGAAACAAACAUAUGGACAGAUGGAUGGAUGGAUGGAUGGAUGGAUAGAUAGGCUGACAGACUUGGCACAGAGAUUAUUGACCUCACAGUCCUGUGUGCCUGCUAUGGGCUCCGGUGUCCAUAAGGGCCUCCGCACACCGGUUCCGACAUCACUGCGGUGCACUAUCGUCUCUGAAAAAAUAGAGCUCUCCCCCAAUCGGGAGCCGACAUAUGCAGAAAUCAGCGCCAGUAUGCGGGGUUGUACUGAAAAUGGUGGGAUCGAACGUUGGCAGAGCAGUGCUCUGUACUUUGUCGGAACUGGUGUGUGGACGCUCUAAGAGUGUAGUUUAUAACAAUAAGCUUCGUCAUGGGAGGGAAAUAGUCGAGUGGCUUUCUUUGACAUUUUUCAACAGUAUUGCUUUAUUGUUUUGUUUUUGCAAAGGACUUGGCAUCGUUUUGGCAUGAUGAUUAUGCAAGACAAGAGAGAUAACAGGUGUGUGUGAUUGGAAUGAACCCUUGACUCGACCGAUCAUACACGAUCAGUCAAAGUGUGUAUGUGUGUGUGAUGUUUGUUUGUGUAUAUAUAUUUGUGUGUGUACAUAUGUGUGAGCUUAGUGUGAAAGCGAUGGCAGGAGAGAACAAGAGUUGGCAUGAAGAAGGUGUAAGAUAUUUGCAGUACUGGAGUGUGUAGGAAUGGAUGGGGUCAAAGGUCAGGGGGGGUGGGGGGCAUCUACAAGGUCGUGGAGUGAUGCUGUUGUGUAGCUGCUACAAGCCAAUGACAUUGUGCUUUUUCACAACACCUUUUCCCCUCGUACAUUGGGCCAAGUUUGUCACGCCGCAUGCGCUGCAAAUUUGCGCAGUGCAAACGUGCACUGCACAAUCACAAUGCAUUCUGGUUACAAAUGAACAUACACACUGCGCCGGCCAUCGUAAUUCAUUCUCGUGAGAAAUGACAUGAGUGCUGCGCAAUCACAAUGCACUCGGGAUAGAAAUCGGUAACCAGAAUGCAUUGUAAUUUUGCAGAAUGCAUGUGCGCUGCACAGAUUUGGGCAGUAUGCCGCAUCACAGACGUGGCCAUGGCUCCCUUUCAAGUCAUCCACCACCACCACCGCCCCCCCCUUCCUAUCCCCCCACCACACCUCAUCUGGACGUUUCAUUUUCAUUUUGUGAAGACGAGAGGGAAAAAAAAACAAACAAACAAGAAAAAAACAAAUAUAUUUUCAAACAUCUCCCUAACAUUUCUAACUAUGCAACAUAGCAGUAGCCUCUUGCCGCGGCGUCAAGACAUGUUCAUGGGCACUUCACAGCCAGAUUUUAUUAUAAUGUAAAAAGAGUGGUAAAGCAGAUGUCUUACUUUUACUCACGUCGAAAAGAGAUAUUUUGUCUACUUGCCUUUGACAAAGCACCAGGUCGCCACUGAGCUUAAUCCUACAAAACAAGGUGCCAUUGUGUUUAAAAACUGUCCAAAUGACAAUGAAGUGUGUGUGCGUGAGUGUGUGCGCAUGUGAGUGUGGGUGUGUGUGUCUACGGGGGUGGGGGUGGGGCGUGGGGGGGUAGUUUGAGUGUUGUGUGCGCCUGAUCCCAAGCGUUGUGGUGUGGCAGAGAGACCGAACAAAAAAUGCUAUACAGAGUAAACAAUAUCUAAACAAACCAUGUGGUCUUUUGUUUUCUUUCAUUGUUGUCAGUGGUCACAGAAUAGGACCUCUUGUUUGUCUAUAACUGUACGUUCAAUGAAUCACUAUGUUGUAAAGUUUAUUUAGCAUUUAUUUAAAUGUAUAAGGGCAUAU